ACCUGCAGUGUGUCUGUAAUUACACUGAGAGGUUUUGUGGCUGGCUGAAUGUUCAAAUGUGACGGCCUGGCUCAACUUGGCUACCAUCUUGAGAAUACUAUACAGGCAUUCGUAUUUUUGAAACAAAUGAUGUGUGGAGUCAUUUCAACAGAGUUACCCCAUCUUACAGCUGCCAAUUUUGAGAACUCUCUGGCCUCUGAUGAUUUGUUGGCUCACUUCUUCAAUGAUUUCUUAAGCUUGCCGUGUUUCCCAGAGUCUUUGAUAUACAAUCAGGACACUGGGCUGUUUGAGGUGGAGAAUGGAGCAGCUGAGUUUGUCUCCAGAAGAAUCAGAUCAGUCCUGAACCACAGCAAAGCCCAGCUCCUUACUGGUGACCCUGCAGCACUGGCCAGAACCCCUCCAGUAGACAACCAUUACACUGUUUGUUGCCUGGACAGAGAGCAAGGAAUUCAGUGGAUCGUGAAAGAAAGAUUGCCCUUUUUCCUUCGAAGCGACUGCUACCAUGAAUACAGACUAGCCAAGCUGCUGUUUCAGUGGGAACUCAACCUCUGUGUCCAGAGGAGGAAAGGCAGCUCGGGACGAACCACCCAGUCGGCUCCACAGCAGCGUUUUUCCUCUCAAUUUGACAAGAAAAAUAACAAUGCUGUGAAGGUGCUAACCUGCUCACAUUCUCAGGAGAAGAUUUCAACAAAGCAAGGGUCUAUGAGGAUUCAUGUUAGUACUGGCCAGAAGGAACGUGUCAACAGAAAAUUUGGUGAAUCACCCAGAUGUUUCCCAUGUACCACCUUCCUUAAAUGUGACAAUACCCAGGAACUCCAGAGCUUGCAAACAGUGCCAUCAACUGGUAACUCAGAGGGCAAACGUGUCAAAGUGUCUAGUAGCCAGGAUUCUGAGUCCUCUGAACUACAGCUGGAGUACCUGGCUGCUGAAGUAGUUGACCAGGUGCUGAACAGUGCACUGAGCGUGGUGGAUGGACAGAGCCAGGCUAACACCUGUGAUUAUUUCAACAAGUCAGGAGACCAGACACAUUGUGCCUGCACAGAUGGAUCCUGUGAAUGUGAAGUUUGCAGAGAAAGACUGGAGGGGGAGAAAGAUGAAGUUCAAGAAGGCGAGAGGGGGGAUGGAGAGGAAGAAAAAACAGACUGGUUUAAGAAGAACUGGGAGGUGGGGAGUAGGGGUACAGACCAGGAAAAUGUAAUUGAUAUUUGUUGCCAUGGAGCCUGUAGCCAUGGCAGCAGACUAGGCUUGGAUGACUUCAAGGAAUUUUUGCGAGGAACGCCAGGAUGGAAGCUGUUUAUUCUGUGGAUAGAUAUAGCGAGAUUGCAGGCCAUACAGAACAGAGAGCGGAAGAACAGGUAUUUAGUCCUCAUGCGAAGCUGGUACCUGCUGAGCAGCAGCCGCAGUAGUUUAAAUGUGGAGCUGCUCUCCAGACUUGAGCUGACUACCUCCCCUUGCUGGACAGAGGAGAAGCUGCACUCAGUUCAGCUCAUCCUCACUGAGUCACUGCUGUCCUACUGGGCUCCGCGGUUCUGGACGUCCCGGUGUGUUCAGGAAGACGGUAAUGACUCCCAUCAUUUAGGGCUGUGGACAGAGUGGUGUGUUGGCUCUCUAUCUGGCAUACAGCCCCUUUAUUACUCUGUGACCCUACCUCGUCUCUGCCCUGACACCGGCCGGCCCCGGUCCCCCCAUACUAUCCAAACAGAGUUAUAUUCUAGCAGAGGUCAGUUACUGGGCAGCAGAAGAAUGGAAAAGAUGUUGCAGGCUCUUUGUGUUGACUCGUGUGCUGGCUUAUACUUUACAAACUUCUGUGAACAAUCUGGAAACCAGCUGUGGGAGAAUGCAAUUAACUUUUGGAGUGACCUGCAGCACUACCAUGAGCUGUUCUAUCAGGAUGGACUGGAUCCUUACAGAGUACAGAGAGAGGCACAGCUCCUUUACUCCACCUAUCUCUUCAGCUCUGCCAGGAGGAGCCUGGGUGUUGAUGAGGAGACCAGGAGGGAGGUGUAUGACCAAAUGAUGCCUGCUUUUGAGGAGCUGUUUGACAAGGUUGAGGAUCACACACUGAACAUCCUGCUGGAGCCGUGGACACUGCUGGUCAGCAAGGACAAAGAGUCCUCCCAGAAGGUGUGUGUGCAAGAGAAGGUGCGCUGUGUCGACAGUCAGGAAUACAGAGAACUCCAGAGUCUGUACGAGGAAUCAGCGGAGAGGCUGAAACAGGAGGAGCAGUGUGGGAAUGUGGCAUUUCCCUUUUCUGUUACAACCUCUACUCCCCUCCUGAGGGGCUCCCAGGUGUCUGACUCUUGGUCCAGAGUGUCUCCAAAAUACCAAGGUUACCGUCUAGGUUCCUUACUUCGUCACCGCCACGAGAUUGGGCACUUUAUGUCUUUCCUACAGAAUCAGGAUGCCAGUAUCCAUCUGACCUGCUGGUUGGAUCUGGAGCAGUACAGGAGGACUCCUCAGAAGGAGAAAGCUGUCAGACAUGAGAGAUCGUCUCACAUUGCAACCAAAUACCUCGACAGGAAGUACUUCUUUGGCUCUGACAGCCCCGCCACAUCUGAACAACAGAAUGAUAUAUUGCGUUUGGCAGGUGGGCUGGAGCGUCUUAAGCUGGAUUGUCUCUCGAACCCUGUCGUCAUGGAGAUCCAGGACAUCAUCAGGAGUCACAUUGAGGAAAACUGGCUGCCUCUUUUCCUGUCCACAGCGGAGUUCACACAGCGGCAGAGACACCAACCAAAGCCCCAAGCAACAGACCGGCUCUCGCAGUACGUCUACCGUCGACGCAGAAAAAGGAGAGAAGCCUGGAAGGCCGAGGGCUUGUGGAUGAGCUCCUCCAAGGAGAUUCUGUUGUUUCGGCGGAUCCUAUUCAACCCCGUCACUUGUACGCAGUUCCAGCACUUUGUCUCUCUGAGGGGAGACUUCUUAGAAAAUGAUGUGCUCUUCUGGCUGGAGGUGCAGAGAUAUAAGGACCUCUGUCAUUCCCACAGCGAUGAGGCCACCAUUCAGCAGAAGAUCUCCACCAUCAUUAACUGUUUCAUUAACUCCUCCAUGCCCCCCGCCCUGCAGAUAGACAUCCCUCCUGAACAGGCCCAGCACAUUCUAGACAAGCGCCGUGAGCUGGGGCCUUACAUCUUCAGAGAGGCACAGAUGUCAGUGUUCAGUGAACUGCUGAAGUUUUGGCCCGAGUUUCAAGAACUGAGCAGCAGUGUCCAAGAUGAGCAACUCCUUCCUCUACUGCAGGAGAAACGGGUCAAACAUAGAGCCAGAGUGCGGAGGCAGAGGAGAAUAGAGGAGGAGGAGGACGAGAGGAGGAAGGCUCAGGAAGAGCUGGAGAGGCCAGACUCCAGUUUUGGAGAGGAGGAAGAGACUGAUGAUGAAGAUGAAGUAGAAGAACAAAAGCGAGGUGGUGAAAAACAGCAGCGGAGGACCCAGUGCACGGUGCUGACUCCCACACAGCCAUUGUCGUGGUCCUACUCCAAGUACAUGGCAGCUCUGAAGAGAGAAGAGGUGCUGCUGAGGAGACAGAGUCAGCUGGAAGUCUCCCUCUCCACAGCCUCAGACUCCUCUUCUGACUGCAGUGUCAAGUCAGCAAGCAGCAACCUCAGCUGCCAGCGGCCCUCACGUCACUCCUCCAGAGCCGAGAGUAAACAGUGUAACAGGGGGUGUAAAAGCCUGCGGCAUGAAAUUAAACCAACGUGUAUGAAGUGACUUCAUGCAGCACAACUUUGACACAAGCAGAUGAGGAUGACUGACACCGUUACUGGAGCAUGAUGAGUGAAAACUGAGAACAGAGCUGCCACUGAUAUCUGGAUGGUGAGGCUGGGUUUACACAUGAUCUAAGAAUGUUUUCUUAAAUCCCAUGUGACAAACACCUAACACAUACAUCUGUUUGAGUUAGAUGCAUGUGUUUUCAUCAUGUAUUUGAUAUUUGUUGAUGUCAGGCUUAAUUUUUGUCUACAAAAUUGUCAGUACACAACAAGAGAAUAACAAGUCAUUAUUUUUAACAUUAUUUUAAUAAAAUGUUUCUCUAUUAAUAUAUUAACCAUUUACAUACAUUGAAGGCAAACGACUCAAGUGGUUCAACAAUAUAAAAGGCAACGAUAACAACAUGGUUGCAUCAUGAGGGGUUGGCAUCAACGUAAGGUUACAAAGUUCAGUGUUAUUGUCAAACAAGUAAGUUACAUCAUCUAUAAAAACAUUUUGGUUGACAGCUGGUAUCUCUAGCGUCCAUCAACAUGUAUAUAAUAUUGCACUUAACAUUGGCAUGAGACAUAGUCACUACAUGGAAAAUGUAAACACCAACAGCUCAUUGUGCAGAGUGAAACAUUACAGACUGUUUUGAAUGUAACAGGUCAGAGUGACUCUUAGCUGGGCACUUCUAUCUGCAACACUGACAGUUUCACCCUGCAUGAGCUCAGACUUGAAGUUGACAGAGCUCACACUGUUGGUCCAAUUAGGUUAAAGUUGAUGCAACUAUUUGUUUUAGUGUUUGCUACAGUAUCUACUCAUUGAAAUAUCUGAACCUAAAUGUGUUUCUCUUAUUAAAACUAAUUCUAAUACUUCUGAUUUUCUCUAUGAUGAGUUUACUGUAUCAGUAAAAAAUAUCUUUCAAAUACAAGACUAAGGCAUGGCUGACCAGAUGUACUUGAUAAUAAAUUCUUAUUUUGGCUCAACA